GUUAUCGGUUAACCGCUACAGACUUGUUAAUCAGUUUACUUUCGAUGUAAUUUGAUUUUAAUAUGAUUUUCAAGUGUUCAGUUAUUGUAUGUUGGUACGAGAGAUUAUAAUAUGAAUCUGCCAAACUUAAUCAAAUGACUUUUUGUAGAAAGACAUUUGCUUAUUUGACUAGGCCAAAGCAGAAUAGCGCGAGAUGGAAACGAGGUGUAAAAAACUGGCAUUUACAGGGCGUGUCUAGUUUAGUCCAGUCACCAUGAGCUGGGUCCGAUAUAAUGGCAGUACUAUCAGUAGAAAAUAGUAACUUGAUAUUGAAACGUAACUUGUUGGAUAUAGUACUUGUUAAAUGAGUAGUGACUUUGCAAUGUGUCCUGAAAGUAUAUUUAAUGCCUUUGAAUCUACCUCACUACUGACUGUAGCUGUUUCAAAUUGACUCAACUUUGGUGAACGCAAAUUGACUCCAGUUGUGUCGGGUCGCUGAAUGCCAUUUUUGAUUAAUUGAAAUGUCCAACUUACGGCGACAUUUAAAUUUUGUUUUGAACAAGCCACUAACCCACCAUGCUCAAGGAAUAGGAAGUGCUACAAUAAAAUCAGCUUCAAAAUCAUCAACAUUUUGCAUUAUGUCAAGUGAUUUGUACAAUUGCCUUGAUAUCUGCUCAUCAUAUAUUCAGGCCCUGAAUACUCUUUGUGGUGCUGGUACUCUUUUGGCCCAGAAUUUUCUCAAAGUAUUCAAUGAGGUACCUUCUCACUGGGAAGUAGCUUCACAGUUUCUCAAUGCAUGGGAUGAAAUCAGCAAAGCCACAGCUGGUGCUAGUGCUGCAGUGAAAACAGAAACCCUGAUGAGUCUUCAAGACAUACUGAACAGAUUAGAGGAGGGAGAAAACAAACAUAGAGAUGGGGAUGAAGAAAUUGAUGCGCAGUUUGAACAUAUCCAGGCAAUAGGACUGUGUCUUCUUUCUUAUGUUGAACUACAAGCUCAAUUCUCACUUGCUGCAUGGAAGGCAUUAUCACAGAUCACAAGGAAUUUUUCAUCUGAAAGGUUUACACACCAUGAAAGAGAAGCUGUAGUUAUGAAUCGGCAUGAUAGUCAGGUUCCAGAAAAAUUCAACUUAUCUGUAACAAUAAGGAAACAUUUUGGCCAACUGCUUGAUAAGCUAUACACAGGUAGUUCAAAACCUUCAACAGUUGAAUCUAUACACAAUCAGUUUUCCACUCAUAGCCAGAUUUCUGCUUGUCCAUCAAUGAACCUUGGUGAAAAGGGUAGACCACCAGCUGGACUUAUGACACCUAAUUUCACAUGGUCAAAUUCAAAUUUCUAUCAGACUGGAUCAUUGCAUUUCAAUUCAGAGAGUCCUUCUCAAACAGAGCACUCCAAAAACACAUCAAAUGAGCUGGAUGAAGUUAUCAACUUGUUAUCAUGGAAACCAAUGAAGCACAAUUCCAGCUCCUUAUUAAGACAAAUGCCUACAGUGUGUGACUUUGAUAGUAAUUCUGAACUCUGGAAGACAGUUUCUUCUAAGUAUGACAGCAGAGAACUGAGAACCAACCAUUCAGCAGUUCACAUAUUUCCUGAUGCUAAUAAUAUAAUGUCUAGCUCAGAUGGAAAGAAAACAUGGCCACAGAUGAAUAACCAUAAUGUUGGUGCUGGUUUCUCUUCUGUAAACUGGAUCUGGAUGGAAGAUCCAAAAUUAGCUUCAUGCAUAGAACCAGGUCCACAGACUGGAAGCCAACUGAACAGUGAAAAUUGCAGUUUUAGUCAGAAUACACAUUCUUUAAUUGCUUGGCAAAAUGCAGAGAGAGAGAGGUGGAAUACAAUGCGGAAGGGAGAAAAUAGUUGUUCUAGUGAUGAUGCCUCCUCAAUCAAUGGGCAAGACAGUGAUGUUUUUUCUUUUGGGCUUGAUUUUGUUGGAAGAGAACUGGUUGCUUCUGUCAGACAAAGACGACACAGUAGUAGUGAUGGUGUGCCAGACCCCCACCAGGCUGAGGUGUGUAACACUGGAAAGGGAACAGAUCUGAACUGGGACGACCGAUUUGUGAAGACAUCGACUUGGCCGCUUAAACAAACUAGCAUUAGAUUUCCAAGUUCCUUUUAUGUUGUAACUCCACCUGUUUCCCAUGUAUGUGAGCCACAAGUUGGAGAAACGUGGCUCAGCUCAGUUGGGAGAAUUUCAUCUCAAGGAAAUGUUGCCAAAAAAUAUUGCUUAUUUGGUCAACCAUCUUGAAACAUGGACAUUUUAAAAUGGUAUCAGAGAUGUCUUUGCAGAGAGUUGUGAGAUUAGAAUAUUGAAAAUAUUUGUAAGUGCCUUACACAUAUAUAUAUAGCAGUUUGUCUUUUGAACUGAUGCUUCUCCCUAUACUAAGAUCCAUUUCUAACAACUUUCUUUUAAUGUGGAAUUAAAAGAGUAAAAUGACAAGAUCCUAGUGAAGGAACACACAAAUGCAUUUUUCAUGUGAUGUAUUUAAGCAUAUAUUUUAAUACUCUUAAACUAAAGCAAGAUAUUCCUGAAAAUAUUUCCAGUUUGUACAACAGGAGAAAGCAACUUGGAAAUGACUGUUAAAUAUUGCAGCAGUCUUGAAUAUUAUGAAAUAAUUUUUAGUUUGUAGCAGCUUUUAUAGACGAAACCAUUAAGGUUGUGACUAUUUUGAAUAAUCUAUUUUAUAGGUUACGAAAAUGUGCACUUACUCAUUGUUUGUACAUAAAUAUCAAUUACCUAAAUAUUAAACAAACUGCAGUUUGAAACAUAUUUUAUUGAAGGCCUAAUAAAGCAUAUUUGUGUUACAUAAGAAACAAUACUCAUACAUAGUGCAUAACUUACAACUGGAAUUAGAAUUGUGUGAAAUAGUUGUAUGAUCAGGUUUUUCUUCAAAUUUAAUACUAAAAUGCUCAAGCACCUGCUUAGCCUUUCUUUAUUAUUUUCAUAAUUUUGUAAAACUGUGUGGCCUAAAAUCAUAUGUAAUAAGUAUCUUUUUUUUUCCCAUUAAAUAUUUAUAUCUAGUGAUUGAAAAUGAAUAAAUACUAAACCAAAGAUUGAAGCCAAGACAUUUUAAAGAGAGAAUUAUGAUGUGAAUGAAUUUUUUUUCCAGAUCAAGGAUGAAUGGUGACAUAAUAUAGCCCAAGUUAUUAUGGGCAAUAUCAGGAGGGUUUUGUGAAGCACAAACUGUCUUGAAUUACAGUGUUAUCUUAUACCAUAAGCUAAAAGAUGCUUGUAUAAGUUGUGUUUACAGAACUAUAUAUAAAUAUAAUGCAAUAAAUUUCAUAUUUAAUAAGAGUAUAGCUGUAAUCAAUUUUAAUCCCAAUAUUAUUGGCCUAGUCUUUGAAAUUUUCUUAGUUUUGUAUAUUAUUCUUAAGAGAGGAUUAAUGUGUGAUAUGCACAUAUAUAUCUGAUUAUACUGAAAGCUUUCAAGGUAAGAUAGCUUUAGAAGUAUGAAAAUUAAUUUUUUUAUUACAGAAAAGGAAUUGUUUAAAAAUACCAGCAGUGUGUACAUAUGUUUUAAUGGCUAAAUAAACACUGCACACUAACAAAAAUAACACUACUUGUAAAGUUACAGAUUAUUAUAUUGAGAUAAAAAUGAAAUGAGCACUUUUUUGUCUCCAUUGUUAGCUGCACUCUUCAUGUAGGAAGAAAAUUAGCUGGAGAAGAGAAACCCACACAAAACCAAUAUCUUUCAUGAAUAACAUUUAGUUCUUCAAAAAUUAGUAUCUGCUUUCUACUUCAUUUCUAGGUAAAAUAAAAUUUAAAAGGCAGUAACUUCCUUUACUUUCAAAUGCAUAAUACAGGACAGGGCUUAGCUUGUGCUUUCAAGAAGUAAAGCCAUAAAAAAAGCUACCUCCGUUUUUUGUCUUUAUUUAGCUGUUAUUUACCACAUUAAAAAAGGCUGCUGACAAGCAGUAAUUGAAAAGGAACAUUUCUAACAUAAUUUCCCAUGUGAAAUAUUAGGACAAGUGUCCAACAUGCACAGGUUCAAUUGGACUUCAUACCAAAUAGAAAUCUGUAAUUAAAAAUUACAGCAUUGCUAGAUUUACAUUAUAAAAAUAAAUACAAAUUUAAGCUUCAUUUUGUUUUUAUAUACUAGUUGUAUUUAAACAC